UGUCUGUUACUUUUAAAAUGACUUCAGCAACGACUCUGGCAACUACAACUCUUUCUGGAGAAAACGUUAAAUUUACUCUUGAAAUUCCAGACAUAAUAGUCAUUGUUUUGUAUUUCAUUUUUGUCCUUGCUGUUGGAAUAUGGUCGUCUGUUAGAGCUAAUCGUGGGACGGUGGGAGGAUACUUCUUGGCUGGGAGAUCCAUGACAUGGUGGCCUAUCGGUGCUUCUCUGAUGUCCAGCAAUGUGGGCAGUGGUCUGUUCAUUGGUCUAGCGGGCACUGGUGCGGCAGGUGGGAUUGCUGUGGGGGGAUUUGAGUGGAAUGCAUCAUGGGUCCUCGUUGCCCUUGGCUGGAUCUUCGUUCCUGUCUAUAUCUCGGCUGGCGUAGUCACAAUGCCAGAAUACCUGAAGAAGAGAUUUGGAGGCCAGCGUAUUCGAAUCUACAUGUCAGUCCUCUCCCUCAUACUCUAUGUUUUCACCAAGAUUUCGACAGAUAUCUUCUCUGGAGCUUUAUUUAUCCAAGUGUCUCUGGGUUGGGACCUGUACCUUUCCACUAUUGUGCUCCUCGUAGUGACUGCAGUCUACACCAUAGCAGGUGGGCUUACUGCAGUGAUUUAUACAGAUGCCUUACAGACUGUUAUUAUGGUGGUAGGGGCACUGAUUCUCAUGUUCAUAGCUUUUGAUAAGGUGGGCUGGUAUGAAGGCUUGCUGGAGCGAUACAUGGCGGCGGUCCCUGCUCUCACUGUGCCCAACACCACAUGUCACCUGCCUCGCCCUGAUGCCUUCCACAUGUUCAGGGACCCAUUGACAGGAGACUUGCCCUGGCCUGGGCUGGUGUUUGGCCUUACGGUACUGGCCACCUGGAACUGGUGUACUGACCAGGUUAUAGUUCAGAGGUCGCUGUCUGCAAAGAACCUGUCCCAUGCCAAGGGAGGAUCAGUGCUGGGGGGGUACCUGAAGAUGCUACCCAUGUUCUUCGUUGUGAUGCCAGGCAUGAUUAGUAGAGCGCUCUUUCCAGAUGAAGUUGGCUGUGUGGUACCUCAUGAAUGUGAGAGAAUCUGCAGGACCACUGUGGGCUGCUCUAAUAUUGCAUACCCCAAACUAGUGGUAGAACUCAUGCCUGUUGGUAUGCGGGGUCUAAUGAUUGCAGUUAUGAUGGCUGCCCUGAUGUCUUCUCUGACGUCCAUCUUUAACAGUAGCAGCACGCUCUUCACCAUGGACAUAUGGCAGCGUGUUCGGCAACAAGCCACUGAGCGUGAGCUCAUGAUCGUGGGCAGAGUGUUCAUCCUGGUGCUGGUGGUACUCAGUAUCUUGUGGAUUCCCGUAAUCCAGUCAGCCAACAAUGGCCAGCUAUUUGACUACAUCCAGGCCGUUACCAGCUACCUGGCCCCGCCCAUCACUGCUGUCUUUGUCAUGGCCAUCUUCUGGAAGCGCGUCAACGAACAAGGGGCCUUUUGGGGGCUAACGGUGGGGCUGGUCCUGGGGUUCGCACGAAUGAUAGCGGAGUUUGCAUUGGGGACUCCUUCUUGUGGGGAGGAAGACCAACGGCCAUCAGUCCUGAAGGAUGUGCAAUACCUGUACUUUGCACUCAUCCUGCUGGGUCUCACAAGCUUGGUCAUUACUGUGGUGAGCUUGAGCACACCAGCAAUCCCUGACCAACAUCUUGUCCGUCUGACUUGGUGGACACGACACAGCCAGGAACAGCGCGUUGACCUUGGUAGCCCCUGGUCGUCAGACAGGGCAUCGAAGUCUGAUGAGAGAAGGAUGUCCGAAGCACCUGAGAGUGUGGUACCGUGUUGGAAGCGGGCUGCCAUGUGGCUGUGUGGGCUGUCUGAGCAUGCCCAGGCAGAUCUCAGCCUUGAAGAGAGGCUUGCUUUGGAGAAGAAACUGACCAGCAUUGAAGAAGAGCCUGUCUGGCAAAAGGUGUGCAGCAUCAAUGCUCUCAUUCUACUCGCUGUAAAUGUUUUCUUAUGGGGAUACUUUGCCUGAACAUGUCCCCUCAAGCAGGCAGAUGAAUGAACAGUUGCUCAAGAUGCGUCUUUCUGGUUUUUAUUGAAAUUUGAUCUUUGCCCCCAAAAAAUUC